UUUUUUUUUUUUUACAACUUUGUUAUAGACUGAUGUUUGAGGCAAACUUAUUUGCAUUUGUAAAGCACAAUGUGAAUUUGCCUUUUAAAUAAACUACACAUUCAUUUAGUGAUACACCAGGUGGACAGCUCCGAGUUUCAUGGGUCAAAGAGAUGAAGAGCAUGUAGAGCAAGAAAAUGGAGAAUUCACAGAGGCCCAUGCUUCUAUUUUUAGGGAUAUGCAUUUUCUCAUUGCAGUGGAUUCUGACCCAUGAGGAAGUCAAUGUGGCCUUAGGAGGAAUAACAACACAAUCUUCUUUAUAUCUUAAUGAUUACCCUGGCUACUUUGCUAUCGAUGGCAACAGAGACUCUUACUUUAAUUCCUACUCAUGUUCCUGUACAAAUGAUAACUAUAACCCAUGGUGGAGGGUGGAUUUGUUGGCGAUGUAUGAUAUUAGCAGUGUAAUCAUCACUAACAGAGGGGACUGCUGUCCAGAACGGAUAAAUGGUGCUGAGAUUCACAUUGGCAACUCCUUGGUCAACAACGGCAACAAUAACCCCAGAUGUGACGUUAUCUCUAGCAUCCCUGCUGGUGCCUCUGCAAAUUACACCUGCAAAAUGAGGGGUCGUUAUGUGAACAUCAUCAUUCCCAAUGUUAGCCAGUUUCUCACGCUCUGUGAAGUGGAAGUCUAUGGGGUUCCAGUGCCUGUUACUAAGAGGGCAUUUCUGAGAUUAAAGUUUAACAGCAGUGAGGAUCUCAUGAACCCUACCGUGAGGGACAAAGUUCUUCAAAAGAUGAUAUCUGCGAAUGUCCAGCCAUCAGUGCUUCAUAUCCGUUGGACAAAGGAACCAGAGGUGGAAACUGAAACUUAAAGAACGGUGGCAAAAAUAUAUCUUAAACAAGAAGAAGUGGUGAAAGAACAAAAAAAAACAUCAAAUGUGUGAGGUUUUAGGUGUAGCACUUGGAACUACUAGCCAACUGAUGCAAUACAUUUAUUAGUUAGAAGUACUAGAAUUUUUUGUUUGUUUGUUUGUUUUGGAAAUGUAUCUAUGAAAAAUUAUUGUUAUUAGGCCUACUACAGGGUUCUUACAAGGUGCUUGAAGUGCUUGAUUUUGGCAUUUGGUAAUUUAAGUACUGGAAACCCUUGAAAAUAGCCUUUUUUUAUCUAACAGUGCUUAAAAAGUGCUUGAAUGAUAAAAAGUCAAUAAAUACGACAUCACUAAAUAACUUUAAAGCGUUUAUUUUCUAUAGAACACGAAUACAGUCCUUUUACUCAAAAUAUGACUCCCCGCUGCAGCCCCUCCUCCAACUUUUUUGAAAAAACCACCUAGCGUCAUAUCUAGUGACUUUUUAGACAAUUAGUUUCUAACUUUCUCUCUGAGAGAUUAUUUUACAUGGAAAUAUAGCACAAAAUCACAGUGCACCCGUUGUCUUUAACUUAUGUGUAUGGUGGUUUUGUCAGAUGACGUCGUGGUUACAAAAUCAGGAUUUUAGCAGUGCAGAGCAGCAGCUUUCAAAAGGUUUGAAAGUGACUGUUGCUGAACCUAUACUCUUUUAUUGGGCCGCAGUUCAGUCACUAUUUCAUACUUGUUCUGUUGUCUGACAACAGAAACAGUAAAAAUACAUAUGAACAGCUAAAGUAAAUGAGAACAGCUUUAUUGGGAAUUUGGCUGUAAAGGGCUGACAUUAGGCAGAAGGAAAAUAUGAUGUAAUGAUGUAAUGAAUAUGCUAAUUAGUGCAUGACAUCAUCUAGAAACGUUUGGACACAGUGCUCCUGACACUCACUUGGAGUAUUUUAACAUUAUGGUGAAGAUGAGGCAAUGCCUGGGAAAUACAAAUUUAGUCCAUCACAGCUGGGAAAAGGAGCUAUAUUAAAAUUGGCUGUGUUUUUUAAAUUCUUAUUUUCAUUAAUAUUUUUGGGAAUUUAAAAAGAGAAAUAAAGAAUGUUUGAAUGUAUAGUCCAUGAAAGCAAAAGCAUACACUGUACUUGAAAAGUCAUUGGAAAUCCUGGAAUUUCAUUAUGAAGCAUCUGUACGGACCCUGUUACUAUGUACUAUGUCACUGAUGUAUUAAACAUGCCCUCUUCAUUUCUGGGUUUAGCAUAGUUAUACCUCGGUUUGAGUUUAAAAUAAUAGCUAGAUUUUCUGGUAGAAUAAUGCUAGUUAAGUUUCUCUCACAAAUAUUAUUGAGUUAUUGAGAUACAGUAUAUUCAGUAGUCUUUCUGGGAAAGUGAGAAUUUCUAGGCUAACAUAAAAGAAAAUAAAACACUCAAAUUUUCCUGGUUGUAAGAACUGCUCAUUCAUCUGUACACCUUUACAGUUUUCAUUGCAGAUAUAUCAUGAGCUUUACUGAACUAAUACAAUACUCCUAAUCCUCGUCACCUCCCAGCCAAUCAGUCAUCACAGUCUUGAUGAAAUUUGGUAUAGUUGGAAGCAUGUUUAAAACACUGAAAGUGCUGAAAACAUGUAAGAAUGAGGUUUUACUCACUGGCAUAAAUGUGUUCACUUUAAACUUUGUUCCUUCCCUUAAACACUUACCUGCUUGAGAAUUUCCAAUGUUUGUAGAAGGAUGAUUCUCAGUACAGCACAUUAAAAAUUAUUAAUGGGCUUUUAAUUAAUUACUUAAUUAAUUAAUUUGUUUGUUUGUUUACUUAUGUGAGACAAUUAUGGGAUUUUCUAUUUAAUACAUGUCCUUUUUUAUGCUUUUACAUGAUUUUUUUCUUAUUUGGCUCAUCCUUCAUUCCCUUAAAUCAACACUUCACAUUGUUAGUAUCAGAAUCUUAUUUAACAUGCAACAUAUUCGAUGAUCUGUAACUAAGACUCAAUAAAGAAAUUCUCAUUACA